CAUGUAGCCACCUGUGCAAAAACCUCACCUCAUCCUCGCACCGAGUUUUUGACAAAUGCUUACAUAUUUUCUUCUUCUUUCUGCCAAACUUCAAACUGAGCGAAGAAAGAAAAAGAAAUAGAAAAUUCAGCAGAAAAAUCAACGACUCUUUUAGCCGGCGACUCCAUUCGCAUCCAUCAACCAUCGACGAAUCGAAUAGCAUGUUCGAGCAGCGAGGGGUGGGAAUAACUUAGUUGAAGAAAGAAGCAUUGAGAUUUGCCUUCUACUAAUUUACCGAGAUAGCUGAGGUACCAGGUAAUUUGCUGUUAUUGUAAUCACCUGGCAGCCUGGCUAUUGCGCAUCCCGGGAAGCGGCUACCACCAGGUCCGUGAAUACCUAGAAUACCCGUAUCAGCCGUACCUACUCUGGCGCAGGCCUCAAGUGCGACAGGGAAGAACGACGCUUUUAUCGCCGAUAACAAAUUGCCACCAGCUGUACCCAGAGGACAAUCACGCGAAAAAAAGCACUUAAGCUCAAGUUUGCUACUAUUGUUGCUGCGCUCCUCAAUCCUCAGAGGUGGAAAUCAACCGUCCAACCUUUUUUUAGUCACUUUGCAUUUUCCAUUCUACAUUCCUCAGCCGAAAAAAAGAAAGAGAGAAAAAAAAAAAAAGGAAAUAAUGGCAUACAGAGUAUCACAACCCGAUUUAGAUCCCGCGCAAACCGCAUUUGCCAGCGCUGUCGACUUCUCCGACUACAGCAUCUUUAAUCGCCCAGUUUCCUUCGGACGACCAUCCACUCCAGCGAAUUCAACCCCCUUCAACCCGAAUCAGCAGGACUACUCGGGUUACCAGUUGCCCUCUCUACCCUCACUACUGAACGAGCGUCAAUUCUCCGGCGUUUUCGAUUCCUUCCAACAAGUCGAUUCUUACGUAGCCCGUUAUCCACUUCACGAUCACAACACGUCGUCGCCCACCAACCAUUACAGUCACGGUCAAGGAAGACCUAGUUGGGCGUCUACUAGGCCAGAAUUUGCAUUUCCCGGGUUCGAUUCGAGUCUACGGCGGUUGCCUCGUUCAGCGUUUAAUUGCUACCCCGAAACCCACCCCGGCGUUGCCCCACCACGAGCCCAGGGACAGAGGCCGCCAUCCUCUAACACUCACGACGUUCACACACAACUUCCUCGCCCGAACGGUGACGACUACUACCUUGCUGCCUUAGCUGACGGCGACUUUUCAUCGCCGUCGCUUCCUCCUAUCAACAGCAGCCCUCUCCCGACUACUCGACCACAUUUUCUCCACCUACCUAAACCUCUUGAGGUCGGAGAAGCGAUGCCAACAGCUGGUCCUCGUUGCCCAAGAAGUAACAAAGGACACCUUGUCGACCUGACUAAGGAGGAGCCGGAUUUCGAUUCCAUCUCGGGAGUCGAUCCUGCAACACCUGCCAUGCCUCCCAGAAAGCGAGCCGCCGCCGGCGCAAAUAGUGAUUCAGCUUCCAAGAGACGGCGAACAUCUCAAUCUUCUCUCCAGAACUCCGGCCGAUCAACAAGAUUAAAAUGGAAGCCAAAUGACCAAAAUCCGUUUGUCGAUGAUGGCUACAGUGGGCCCGCCAACGACGACAGCCAUGAAACUAUUGAUCUAUCUAAUGCCGCUGAAGUUCCACCGGAGUUUAUGGCUCCUAAGGCUGACAACCGCGUCAAGAUUGGCAAAUUUCAGUGUGUCAUUUGCAUGGAUGACACCUCUUACUUGACUGUCACACACUGCGGUCACCUAUUCUGCUCCGAAUGUCUGCAUUCGGCACUUCACAUCGAUAAUAUGAAGAAGACCUGCCCCGUCUGCCGAACGAAAGUCGACCCGAAGGAAAAGAAGGGCAAAAACCAAAAAUCCUACUACCAUCUCGAACUAAAGAUCAUGACCGCCAACAAGAAGGGAAAGCGGCCAGCGGUUUCUUCAUGACGUAGUUGAGCACAUGACAGGAGGAUGUUACUUCACCGUCCGACUGACGUGGUGCAGACGCAGUUCCGACAAGAAGUGGGACGAAUCAGAGCUAGGCAGGGUAGUCUUCUAUGGAACGGCAGCACAUCGUGAGAUCUCAGCCUCGCCCACGAUUUUAAUAGAGGUGUUCUAGUAUAUUAUUGAGCAGGUUUCUAAGAUGAGGGGCGUUUUUAUUUUUUUUUGGUUUUUUUUUGCCGGCCCAAGCGGGAACGGACAUGGGCCCAUACGGACAGGUACGCGGCGGGUACAAGGCGUGAAUUUCUGCAUGGAAGGGGAGUUGGGAUUCAUACAUCCACGGCAUGAUACCCCAUCAUUUUCUCGUCUCAAACCGGGCUGGGGUGUGGCUUGUCUUCUUUUGCAUCUGGCUGGGAUCCUGGCGACAGGAAUAGCAAUAAUGUUACGAUAGAGGGCAAGCAAGCAUACCACAUAGGAUCGACAAGAGACCGAUGUUUUUUUUCUCUCUCUAGCAUGACCUGGCUCUAAUUACUACGAAUGGAUUAUUAUCAUUGUUAUUAAGCUAUACUUACAUGCAAGUAGUAGCAUCUCGUAAUUAGAAGGGUGGUAUAAUAGAAAGGACAUAUUUUCAGUUCACGCUUGAAUUAUGAUAAUAUUGCUCGAUAACCCUGCAAACGUUUCCAAUA